CCCACACCAUCCCACUACGCAAGCUACCCCUUUGCUCAGCAGGAGGAAGAGGUUGAGACUACUUUUCCUUUCCCGAAAAUGGCAGAGUUUUCUCAAAAAGGCUACUAAUAAGAAAACAAAACUAUUGAAGAAAAGGGGUGCUCUUCACAUGUGAGGCUGAUGUCACAGAUAACGCCACCAGGAAGGCAUCAACAAAGGUCAUCCCAUAAAAUCCCCUUGUGCGAAUCCACACACAUUCUCACACCAAGAACACCCCGUGUGCGAAUCCACACACACACUCACACCAAGAACACCCCGUGUGCGAAUCCACACACACUCUCACACCAAGAACACCCCGUGUGCGAAUCCACACACACUCUCACACCAAGAACACCCCGUGUGCGAAUCCACACACACUCUCACACCAAGAACACCCCGUGUGCGAAUCCACACACACACUCACACCAAGAACACCCCGUGUGCGAAUCCACAAUCUCACACCAAGAACACCCCGUGUGCGAAUCCACACACACUCUCACACCAAGAACACCCCGUGUGCGAAUCCACACACACACUCACACCAAGAACACCCCGUGUGCGAAUCCACAAUCUCACACCAAGAACACCCCGUGUGCGAAUCCACACACACUCUCACACCAAGAACACCCCGUGUGCGAAUCCACACACACUCUCACACCAAGAACACCCCGUGUGCGAAUCCACAAUCUCACACCAAGAACACCCCGUGUGCGAAUCCACACACACUCUCACACCAAGAACACCCCGUGUGCGAAUCCACACACACUCUCACACCAAGAACACCCCGUGUGCGAAUCCACACACUCACACCAAGAACACCCCGUGUGCGAAUCCACACACACUCUCACACCAAGAACACCCCGUGUGCGAAUCCACACACACUCUCACACCAAGAACACCCCGUGUGCGAAUCCACACACUCACACCAAGAACACCCCGUGUGCGAAUCCACACACACUCUCACACCAAGAACACCCCGUGUGCGAAUCCACACACACUCUCACACCAAGAACACCCCGUGUGCGAAUCCACACACACUCUCACACCAAGAACACCCCGUGUGCGAAUCCACACACACACUCACACCAAGAACACCCCGUGUGCGAAUCCACACACACUCUCACACCAAGAACACCCUGUGUGCGAAUCCACACAAACUCUCACACCAAGAACACCCCGUGUACGAAUCCACACACAUUCUCACACCAAGAACACCCAAUUUUAAGGCAGCUGGUAAGGGUUUGAACAUCAGUGUCCAACCACAGAACAAGUCUACCUGGAGAGGAUGGCCAUGACUUUGGCCUCAUAGGCUGUAGGACAAACCCUGAUCUACAUUUGCCAGCCUUGGGCAAACCAAGGUCUGGAACUCGGUCCUUUCUCCUCACCCAAAGAUGGUCUCCAGCACCAGUGAAUUUGGACAA